AUCCUCAACUACCGAACCGGUCAGACAGUAACCAUGCGUGGUUUUGUGCUUCUCCUGUUGGUGGUGGCCUGUACCGCAGCCCCGGGCACCCAGGGCGAGGAUGAAGGGAAACUGGAGCUGUUCUCUGGAGUAUUUGUUGAGAAGGAUGCCACAGGCGAGGAUAAGCUAAACGUCAAAUUUGAUCCUGGUGAACUCAGAGAGGCAGCGAGGACUUUUCAAGAAGCCCGUGGUAAAAUAAAAAAAUACACACCCCUGCUCGCCGGGAUCGGGGUGAAGGUCAUCGCUGUUGUCGCUCUGCUCUUCGGGGGCCUAACUUUACUGGUGACCAAAGCGCUGGUUGUUGCCAAGCUGGCAUUCCUGGCGGCUGCAGCUCUAGGCAUCCAGAAGCUACUUAGUGGGGGAGGACUGAAUGGCAUUAGCAAGCAGAUAGCCAGUUUCCAGUCUUCGCCACAGCAAUGGUCGUCCCCGACCGCUUCUGCGGCCUCAUACCCUUACGCAAGAUCAUCAAGCAUAGCUCAAGAAGCUAACGAUUUAGCAUACAAAUCACAACUAGGGUCGUAAUUUAAGAAAUCAGUACGUACGCACGCACAAAAAAAAGUAAUUUAUUAAUAAAUAUUUAUUUUUAAUAUACUACAUAAUAUUUAAUGUAAACUUUUCUCCUAUUUAUUAUUUAACAAAAGUUUUCUCGAGAUCUUGUUCGAAUUAAUUUGGUGAUGGUUUAAAAUGUAUUCGAGAAUUAAUGAAUUCGUCCUAAAUUAAUUAUAAAAGUAAUCUAGUUUUAGGAAAGAAAAGGAAAAGAAAUUUAUAAAAGAAAAGGAAAAAAAAAAUUUAUAACUUGGUUGUUGUUGAAGAGAAAACACGAAAUGUUCCAAUGAUCUUUUUAAUAUUAAGUAGCUUAGUAAAUUUUAUUUUCAAUCAGGGUGUAAGGGGCUCCCGGAGACGAAAUACAUACAAUGAUAAAAAUAAAUCCGUAAAAAACUAAGAUAUUUAAUACAGAUGUAGACGACAAGAUGAAGAAAAGAAUCUAUUUUACGACCUCAUGAAUUGCUACAGUACUAAACCGAUACUUUGUUCAACAAUCAAAAGCUAAUUUCCGAUUUUGUUAAAUUACUUGCAAUAAUCAAUCAGAUUAAGCUUUUCUCCUUCGAAAGCACUCCCCUUACUCCUUGUAAACAAAAUACAAUAUUUUUAAAGCUUACAAUAAUAGAAACUAAACUAUUAUUAUUAUAAGCCUUAAUAAAUUGAUUAAUUAUUUCAAAGCUGAAUGAAUGGUGCAUGGUUCGUUGUUAGUUCUAAAGUUUAUGUUUUAUUUAAAUUAAGGCUUUUUCGUAAAACAAAAUACAACAUCGGUGCUUAUACAUAUAUUUGAAUGUACUGUACUAUAAAUUUAUAAUUUAUUUAAGCGCACAAAAUGGUAACUAAAAUAAAAUAAAAACACGUGUGGCCCUCGGGAACUGCCGCGGUAAAGCUAUUGCAGAGCAUUUUUUAUCAACUUAUGCAAUUAUAAUUAGACAAUAAUAAUUUAAUAUUAAAACAAUAAUACAAUAAAACCGCGCUAUAUUUUUAAACAUUAAUAAAAGCAAAAAAUUAAACUGUCCCCUUCACACUCAUAAGCUAGAUUGCGCGCGAGAGAGAGAUGGGCAGAUUUUCAUGAUGCGCAUGCAGUGCGACGUCACGCCGCGCGCUUAUUCACAAACACUACACAAGCGCAACGUGUGAAUGUGUCGAACGCGAGCUAUAUGGUAGACAGAGUGGGGGUGUUAGGUUUUAUUUUCGUUACGGAAUUUCUUGAUUCGGUCGCUGCACUCAAAGCCCGCGAUAAAAGCUAUGCAAUAGCUUAUAAACCUAAAAAAACUAAUUCCACAGACAAAAAAGUGUGCAGAUAUACCAGCAAUGUAUCCAACUUAACGGAUUUUCAAUGCUCGUCAAAACUUUUUAUAAGUUUUCUUUGUCAUCGGACACAAUAUCCUAUCUGUUUCUAAGUUCUGUGGCUUUAGUAAAGGAGUGAGAGGGCUCAUAACAAAACUCCUGACGCGUGAGAAUAAUACAGUGAACCAACCUCUAAAAAAUCACCUCCAUGUGUGCUAAAUCACUUCACAGAAAAGAGUCAGCAAAAAUAAGCUGUGCCUAAAUUAGUUUUCAGUAAUCGAUAAUCUUAUUUAAUUUCAUUUGUUUAAUUAACUUAAAUUAAUAAAAAAAUACAUGUAAAAUAUAUCUGACAAGGGUCAUACAGGGUUCAAAGUGAAUAAGUCCGGAAUAGUGAAAUGGUAGUUAAGUAAUAAGAAUUUCUACGGGUUACUUCAUGUCAUAAUUAAGAAUUAACAAAAAGACUGUAUUUACUUUAAGUCAAUUAUGUGAAUAUAUUUUUGAAUAUAA